AGAGUCAUUUUGGCUUUCGUGGCCAUUAGUCCAGCGUGCGCCUGCCGCCCUCCCCACGCGCUACUCCCAGUUGCUGGCGCGGAUGGCACAUGCAACAAUCCGGUGCGCAGCGGGACAGGACGCACCUCCCCCUCUCAUCAUGUCAUGGGAGGUCUCGAAUUGGUUUUUUUCUGACCCUCAUGGGGACUACGCAACUGACGUAGAGCUGCUGGGUAUGCCGGAGUUCCUAGGCACCAGUGCAAACCUCCUAGGCGUGCUUCUUGUUGUCCUGUUGGCUCGCGCAAAUUACGAGAAGUUCCACAAGAACGCCCAGCGCUGCAUUCAGUGGAUGUGCGUUUAUCUUCUGAUGCACGCUGCUAUCCACGCGUCGUGGGGGUACAAGUUCCGCGUCCCCUUCACUUGUCUCAUGAACAUCGCGUUUGUUUGGAUGAGGCACUACGGCUUCAGUGUUUCCUGGAUGCACGCCUCCCCGACCAGAGCGAAGACGGGUCGCAGGAUCAGUGAGGCGGUCGCCUAUUUGCUCAUCGUGCUCAACGUCGCCGUGGUAUCGCCCCGAGCCCUCACCAUCGGGCUCACCGCGUUCGUGCAGCCGCUCUUGCUGUGGCCUCUGCGGUUUUGGGUGGACGGGUGGAGGAGCUCCAACCACAUGCGAUGGCUGGUGGGCUUCUCGGUCCUGUGGUGGACCUUCACCUUCUUCCUGAAGCAGGAGCUUAAGGUAGGCGCCAGCGGCGCGUGCUCCUGGAUGAACACCCACCUGACCGCCGAGACGUUCGGCGUCGCAGGGAAUUUGUGCCUCGUCGUGUACAUCUUGAGAAUGACGAGGGAUGCGGCCAGAGAUGGCUCCGAGAAGAAGGGGUCGUAAGCGUGCUCUUUGAUGUCUCUCGCGACUUUCAAUAUUGCGAGGGCCUUACGGCCAGUGCCGCCGACCCUGUGUGCUAGAUGGAGG